AGCUGCCAUCCUGUGGCGAGAAACACAACUUUGGAAGGUUUCGGGUGCCUGCGUAAACAUUCCAUUAGAACUCUGAGGCGUUCGGUUCCGUUCCAUUCCCGCUUUGCUCCUACACGUUUCGUAUUUCCAUUUGCAAAGAUGCACUAUUAUCGCUACAGCACGGCGGAGGUGAGCUGCUGUUACAAGUACCUGCUUUUCAGCUACAACAUCAUAUUCUGGUUAUCUGGUAUGGUUCUUCUGGGAAUAGGACUUUGGGCAUGGAGUGAAAAGGGGACAUUAUCGGAUAUUACUAAAGUGACACGGCUUCAUGGGUUUGACCCAGUGUGGCUGGUUCUCGUGGUUGGUGUCGUCAUGUUCACGUUAGGUUUUGCUGGAUGUGUCGGUGCACUUAGAGAAAAUAUCUGCCUCCUGAAAUUCUUUUGUGGUGCAAUUGUCAUGAUCUUUUUCAUGGAACUAGCAGUAGCAGUCUUGGCAUUCCUCUUCCAAGACUGGGUGAGAGAUAAGGCCAAGGAAUUUUUUGAAAAUAACAUCAAAUCAUACCGGGAUGAUAUUGACCUGCAGAACCUCGUAGACUCCCUGCAGAAAGCGAAUCAUUGCUGUGGUGCUCAGGGCCCCAAUGACUGGGAUCUCAACCAAUACUUUAAUUGCACUGCUGACAAUCCUAGCCGAGAGAGGUGUGGAGUUCCAUUUUCCUGCUGUAUCGCUGACCCAGCUCAAACUGUUGUAAACACACAAUGUGGAUACGAUGCACGUAAGAAGCCAACUGCUGACAAAGUUGUAACAUAUACGAAAGGCUGCAUUUCUGCGCUAGAAGCAUGGUUGCCUCGGAAUAUAUAUAUCGUGGCGGGGGUAUUUCUGGUUAUUUCUAUUUUACAGAUUUUUGGCAUUUACCUUGCCCGAACACUGAUGUCAGACAUAGACGCUGUAAAGAGUGGCUACCGUUUCUAAGGACAUUUCUAUGGACGUUCCUCUAUUGAAGCCUUUGGAGAGGACCAUUGCUAUAUGUCUUAUAUUUCCACUUAUUGUUCCCCACUGGAAAUUCUGAGCCUUUGCCAUUUUAGAUUGGCAACCUUACUAUGUAGGAUCGGAAGCACAGGAGAAUUAUCAUCUUCUGAUAUGAAACACAUCACGAGCAUCUUCCUCCCUAUGGAAUCUACAAAUUCUCUACUUGGCUUCCUCCUGUUUCUUCUCCAGUUUAGACAUGGAAGACCUCGUUCUGUUAGUGAAUUGACAUUUUCAUCCUGUAGGCGGUUUUGAAAUUGCCUUUUAUUUCCUUGGACCACGUUAAGGGCUGUGCCCUAGUGUAUUUGGAUUCUGAUAGAAUAUAUCUUAAAUAUGUUUGCCACCACUGUAACUCUUAAAAGUUGUUUCACAUAAAGUAUUCCAAUUUUUUAAUGACGAAUAUCUCACACAUCUAGUUCCUACUUUUUUACCUACCCU